GAUAAGUGUGUUAUCUACCGAUUUAGGUGGAUAAUCAACAGCUUCUACACUUUUGUGACCAAAGUAAUGGUCAAUCCAAUGUGACUAGUAGUAAAUUUAUGAAAAUAGUCGAGUCUUGCAAUGAAAUAGUUUGUACUACAAUGGUGGGUCGACCAACUAAUGUCAUCCAAACUCUAUCGUUGAGUCUGGCUACAUUACUAUUGCCAGAAGUGAGCGAAUGCAAUGUGUCUUUUCUUAUGAACAACAUUGUUCUUAAGCAAACACAAGUUGGAGGUGCUUUGAGGAAGCCACCACCAGUUGCCCACAUGAAAAAAUCCAAUGUUGUGAAGAUUGGUAUAACUCAACAAAUUCCUUCAUGUAAAUUGUCCCCAAAGAUUCCACUGAGUGGACACGGGGGAAGUGCAUAUCUAUAGGCAUACAAUAUCUUAUUUCUUCUAAUAACAAAACUACUAAUAAUAGAUGAGCCCAGAAAUUGCUAAAUUAAUAUGAAUGACUCGUAUCAUAACAAUCCUCCCGCCUUUAGCGCAAACUUGACUUCAAGGUUCGUCGUGCAAGAACCCUCAACCUAGACCAAAUUAGAAGAACCGUUCCCACAAGGUUACGCAAUGACGAGAGUAGAUACCCACCGGUGCCGAGCUCAUUUACGUUGUUUCCAAUUUGGCUCAAGAACUUGAACGAACGCAACAUCACUAGCUCUUACCACCUCUUCCUUCACAUACAUGGAACGAAACUCGCCAUGCGUUCCUUUACCCAUGUCAUGCAUGAGUGUAUGAAAGAAGGACUUUCGCAUGCAAAUUUCGUUUACAUGACCUCCCUACAAAACAUCCAUACGUACGAACCUCCAUUCUACCACUUGUACUCCCACAUUGCCUUCACGACCAAUUCCCAAACUUGACAUUUUCACAAAAUUAUCCUUAACUCUUGAUAGCACGUGGUUGCUCGUUCCUUCCCUGUGCAUAUUCGAGCACAUGAUUUCCCCAAACGCGGUUCUUGGCUGAGGCAAUUGCUUUCUCAUCCAAAUAAAGAUACAAAGGGGCCUGAUCGCUUGCUACAGCUGAAUUCGAACAUGUAGUCGUAGUAGAAGUCAACAAUUGUGGUAGUUGAGCUUGUCACAAUCCUGUCCCUUUGUUGCCCGCCACAUCAAGUUCAGAAUGCGCUAGACUGACUCCAUACAACAACCCACCAGUUAAUCCUCCCAUUUAAGGUUCAAUGCAUCCUUGAACCGACCUGCACACCCAAGGAACAUUGAAAAACCUUCUCGAUCUGAUGUCGACGGUUAAGCUAUACAGACUAUUUCAAAGUCGCGGUACUGGCCAUCUACGUCUUCCAAUCAAAUCACCACGAGGUGCAAUGGGAACCGGGGGUACGGCUGCCAUGUCGACGGUAGACAUCAAUCUCUUUGAAGCCAGGGUUAACUCUUGUUUCAGCAAAGAAACUGUUCGCGAGGAGAUGGUGGCGGCGGGAGUGGAUCCCUCGACAACAGCUGGAGUUGGUGUUGUUGCUGUUGUUUCUUAUUCCCUAAAGCAUCUUCGACGAUCGUGGGUUGAUUGGAUGAAGCUCUCAUCUUGAUGCCACGGAAAACAGCGGCCAGACCCACAUUAGCCAUUUUUUCCGCCUCUUCAACACCCCAACCCUCGGCGUGAUUACGAUUUUGGUACUUCCACUCUUGCGGAUCUCUCCAUCCCAACGCCUCCCAUCCCCCCAGGUAUGACGGCUGAUCUUGAAUGAAAUAAGGUUGAGGUGGCCAAUAUGGACGGUGUGAUGACGACGGGUACAAAGCUAGAUAUAACCGCCACGGUUGCUUAUUCCGAUGAAGAAGGUGUUGUGGAAGAAUUCUCCCGUAGCUCCUUACUCAUGGAGCAUAACCUUCGUAACCUAGAUGUUGCGUGACACUCAACAUAGCGAAUUCAUAGCCAACCAGGCUCUGAUACCAAUUGUUACGUGGAUUUCUCUUGUGGAUCGUAACUUACAUCGUAAGAUUCAUACGAGAAUCGAAAGAAAUAGAGUUAGAAAGAAGAGAAUUAGAAUUAUUAAAGUGCAAGUUCCAAAAAAAUAGGGACACUUUUCAUUACUAAAAAUUCGUUGGUCACUGUUCACAGAGGGGUUUGUGGUCCUCUAAGGACAAAUUUCAUCAGCCCAGAUGUACCCCUAUUGUGGUGGGCAAGAUUGAUCAUUGAUCAAUUUUUUUAUUCUUUUAAAUAUAUGGGUUCAUGUAGUUGUCACUAGCUUAUCAGAUCCUUUAUCUUUUGAGUGGGUCUUUCUUUCUCUUAUGAGUCUUAUCUCUCCUGUGUGGUCCUCUUCUCUCUCCUCUCUUUUUUGUCAUCCAUCCUCUUUUUUUUUUAUAACUCAGGAACCUCAACCUCACAUGUCACUUUGUGACAGCGUGAUCUACUAAACCUGGGGAGCACCUGUACAAGACACAACAUCGGGAGACUUCGUCCCCGACACUCAGGCAUGUCUCCGGGAACACACAAAUGGCGCCGCUGAGGAUCGAACUCAGGACCUCUCACAUCCUGAGCCAACCUCUUUCAUUCAUCCAUCCUCUUUCAUUCAUUCUUUUCUCAAGAGAAAAUAAUAAUCAUCAUUACUUAGGCUAGCUUGAUGAUAACUAAUUACAUAAAUUAAUUUUAAACAUAAUGAUGGCUAGAGAUAUGAUUGAUUUAGAAAGGUUUGAGACCAAAGUCAUAAAACUCCAUUUUCAAGUUAGAUGAAAAUAUAUAUAUAUAUAUCAAGUAACUUCUCAAUACCUAGUUCCUACAAGUUUGGAUAUAGUGGAUUUCAUCAAUUUGCAUUAUAUUGAUUCAAAAAAAUAUGAAAGCUUCUGAAUUAUUAACUAAACUAUUGCCAAUCUCAUUCAUUUGCAUUAUAUUGAACUAAACAAAACAUGAAAGCUCUGAUUGACUAACUAAAUUGUUGUCGAUCUCAUCAAUUUGUAUUAACCAAAUUAAAGCUCAUGUAAGAUAAAAUAAUCAUACAUAAUAGUUUUUAAUCAAAUGUGAGACUUAUAUGUAAUCAGAAACCACACGUUACAAAAUAUUACGUGACACCCAGUGGGGGAACUAGAAGGGUUUGGCUCUAUCACGGGACACAGUAAAUUUUGGUAAACUAAUUAUUAAUCCCUAUGUAUGCAUAUGGAAAGGAUUGAACUCACUGGUUUUAAGUGACGUAAAUGUAUAGGCCACUAAUGUAUAGGCCACUGUACUAAAACUCACUUGUUGUUAUUGGAUUGUCAUAAUUUUAAUUUAUGAUAUCAUGAGUGAAAUCCCAAAUUGAAAUAAUUUAUAUUAUGAAAAAAGGACACAUCUAAUUUCUAUUUUUGGCUAUACCACUGGUACACCGUUAGUUAUUUCUAAUGUACCGAUCAAACAAACCAGUUAUUUAACA